AUGUCGCUGACGAGCUUUCUACCUGCGCCCACUCAGCUGUCUCAGGACCAGCUCGAGGCAGAAGAGAGGAGCAGAGCACAGACGUCCCAGUCCACAGCACUGGUGUCCACUCGCAGAGAACCAUCUCCCUAUGGCUCUCGAAAAGGAUGGGUGCCCCGCAGUCUGGAGGAUUUUGGUGAUGGAGGUGCAUUUCCAGAAAUCCAUGUGGCCCAGUACCCACUGGACAUGGGUAGGAAGAAGAAGACCUCCAAUGCUCUUGCCGUGCAGGUGGAUGCUGAGGGCAAAAUAAAAUAUGACGCCAUUGCAAGGCAAGGGCAAGGAAAGGAUAAGGUUAUAUUCAGUAAAUAUACAGACUUGCUUCCUAAGGAAGUGCUUAAUGAUGAUGCCCCUGAACUACAGAGACCGGACGAGGAGGCGGUUAGAGAGCUCACAGAGAAGACCAGAGCAGCUUUAGAGAAGCAGGUGUCCCAAAAGAUUGCUGCUGCCAUGCCUGUACGUGCUGCAGAUAAACAGGCACCAGCACAAUACAUACGGUACACACCCUCUCAGCAGGGAGUGGCAUUCAACUCGGGGGCCAAGCAAAGGGUCAUCCGCAUGGUGGAGAUGCAGAAAGACCCAAUGGAGCCACCACGUUUCAAAAUUAAUAAGAAGAUUCCUCGUGGCCCUCCCUCUCCUCCUGCCCCAGUCAUGCAUUCCCCCAGCAGAAAGAUGACUGUAAAGGAACAACAAGAGUGGAAGAUUCCCCCAUGCAUUUCCAACUGGAAGAAUGCAAAGGGUUACACAAUCCCACUAGACAAGCGUUUGGCAGCUGACGGAAGAGGCCUUCAGACAGUUCACAUUAAUGAGAAUUUUGCCAAGUUGGCCGAGGCUCUCUACAUUGCAGACAGAAAGGCCAGGGAAGCGGUGGAGAUGAGAGCUCAGGUGGAAAAGAAGAUGGCGCAGAAGGAAAAAGAGAAGAAGGAGGAGAGGCUCCGGGAGCUUGCAAAGAUGGCCAGAGACAGAAGAGCUGGAAUUAAAGGCCAUGGAGAAAAAGGUGGUGAGGAAGGAGAGGUCAGGGAACGUGAUGAGAUUCGCCAUGACAGGAGGAAAGAAAGACAGCAUGACAGAAACAUCUCCAGAGCUGCCCCUGAUAAGAGGUCUAAACUGCAGAGGGACCAGGAUAGAGAUAUUAGUGAGCUGAUUGCUCUGGGCCAGCCCAACCCCCGUAUCUCCAGUGAGGCUCAGUACGAUCAGAGGCUCUUCAACCAAAGCAGGGGAAUGGACAGUGGCUUUGCUGGAGGAGAGGAUGAGAUAUAUAAUGUGUAUGACCAGCCUUUCAAGAGUGGCAGAGACAUGGCACAGAACAUGUACAGGCCCAGCAAGAACGCAGACAAAGAUAUGUACGGAGAUGACCUGGACACACUUAUGCAGAGCAGCAGGUUCGUACCUGAUAGGGAGUUCUCUGGUGCUGACCAUGGACCCCGUAGGGAUGGACCUGUCCAGUUUGAGGAGGAUCCUUUCGGUCUUGACAAGUUUUUGGAAGAGGCCAAACAACAUGGCGGCUCUAAAAGACCAUCCACUAGUGGCCGCUCGAAGGAUUACGAUCAUGAGAAGAAGCGCAGGAAGGAGUGAGACACUUUUUAGACCCUUCUUGCGCUUUGUGCUUUUGGCUUCACAACAGUGUUUUGACUGUUUUUUGACAACAGGGUUUUGUGGGGGUUUUUGUUUGUUUGUUUUUUUGUUUGUUCGCCGUUUUUUUGAGCAAGAUGUUCCAAGGACUUUUGUUUUAAUACAUUAGUUAAUUCAUACAUCUACCAAGCUAGAUGUGAUAUGUAUUUUGCUAACCGAGCUACAAAUUGCAUUGUUAGUGAUAGGACCCCUCCAAAAUAUUAUUGCCUCUGUUAAUUUUUAAUAUUCAAGUAAAAGCUAGGUGUGUGCUAGUUUUUUCUCUAAGAAACAUGUGUGCUUUAUAUACCAUUGAAAGAGAACAUUAACUCUUGUAAAGCAAACUCAAUAAACUUCUUAUCAUGGAUUCAA